AUUCCACUUCCCAAACUCAGAUUCACGGUUAACCGGCGAUCAAAAACUCCGGCGAAGCAGUACAGAAGAACCGUAAAAGUAGAAAGAAAUGGCGACCAAUGGAGAAGCCGGUAGACACCAGGAGGUUGGUCACAAGAGCCUUUUGCAGAGUGAUGCUCUCUACCAGUAUAUACUGGAAACAAGUGUUUACCCAAAAGAGCCAGAGCCCAUGAAAGAGCUUAGAGAAUUGACUGCCAAGCAUCCAUGGAACAUCAUGACUACAUCGGCUGAUGAAGGACAGUUCUUGAACAUGCUUUUGAAGCUGAUCAAUGCCAAGAACACCAUGGAGAUCGGUGUUUACACUGGUUACUCCCUCCUUGCCACUGCCCUUGCUCUUCCCGAUGACGGAAAGAUUUUGGCAAUGGACAUAAACAGAGAAAACUACGAACUGGGUCUGCCCGUAAUUGAAAAGGCCGGUGUUGCCCACAAAAUCGAAUUCAAAGAAGGCCCUGCUUUGCCUGUUCUGGAUCAAAUGAUCGAAGAUGGAAAGUAUCAUGGUUCGUAUGAUUUCAUAUUCGUGGACGCGGACAAGGACAACUACCUGAACUACCACAAGAGGCUGAUAGAUCUGGUGAAGGUUGGGGGACUGAUCGGGUACGACAACACCCUCUGGAACGGAUCUGUGGUGGCACCACCUGAUGCUCCGAUGAGGAAGUACGUCAGGUACUACAGGGACUUCGUCUUGGAGCUCAAUAAAGCCCUGGCCGCUGAUCCCAGGAUCGAGAUCUGUAUGCUUCCGGUCGGCGAUGGGAUUACCCUGUGCCGCCGCAUCAGCUGAUCAGUCAACCCAAUAUCAUGAAAAUGUUGACUGGCUAUCGGAAAAAAACCAGCUUCUUUUUUUUUAUUUCUUGUUUAUUUGUGACUUAUAUUUGUAUUUCAUAAAAAGCGAUUUGUCAAAGUAUGUGGGAUAAUGUGCAAUGAAAUUAUGAAUGACUUUUUAAUUAAAAAAUAAAAGAAAAGAACUCUGUAUA